CCCAAUGCCAUUUUCAGGGUAUCUCCGAACAAAUGUCACGAUCAAAGCCCAUGUUUGCCUAUAGCAUAGGUGCGCAGAAUAUGCUGUGGACAGCGAGCGAUAUGAUUGCUCUCACUUUUUUCUUAAGUCUCCCUCUGUGUUCCUAUGCCCGAAAGGAAUAUUUCGUGUACCCUACAGUUGUGGAGGAGCGGUCGACUACAAGCAAUCUCGUUCUUCGGCUUAACGACGAUAUCACUCUGAACCUUGAAAAAAGUGAAGUAUUGGCAGAAAGCCUGAUAUUCGUUACCGCCACCCGAAAAGGACAUGAAAUUGAAACAGUCAACACAAGUUCUAUUCAAGAGAAGCUGCAUCACGACCUCAAUGAGCGGUCAUCCCUCCUGGUGCAACAAAUAGAUGGAACUCUUCACGUUGAAGGUAUAGUGAAUAGAAAGCUCAGAAUCAAGCCAAUACCCGAAGGAGAGCGUUCGGCGCAAGGUCGCAUGCUUCACAGUUUAUACGAAGUACAAGAAAUAGGCGAAGAGUUGGCGAAGAUGGGUGCCCACUCGCGGUAUUACCCGCAGACACAUGCACGGACGCAAUUGGCAUAUCGGAGGCCUCAAGUGAUUUAUCCUGGAAUACAUCACGUCUUCCAGACUACGACAUCUACAACGACCACCAGGCGACCAGUGUCAACAUUUGUGGUUGAAGUUCACAUAAUAUCUGACGAAGCGCACAGCGAACAUUUUAAAUCUAAAAUGGACUUGAUCACUUAUUUGGGAAUCAUGCUAAACGCGGUUGGCCUAAGAUAUCUAGAGAUGACGAUGCCUGCCAUUAAAUUCAAGCUUGUUGGAGUAACAAUGAGUAAGUCGAGACAUGUCCACCCUUAAGACAGGAUCUCUCGAGAAGGGCAUAGCAG